AUUUUACGUUAGUCACAUAAAUCCGUUUCAUUCGUGCAAUCGUUUUAUGUUGCUUCUGAUCGUUCUUUACAUUUAGAAUUACUGAUCAGUAAUUGCACAAAAACAACGGUUAAAAUACAUGCAAAUGUGUACUUAUAUGUGAAGUGGUCUAAGUCUAAGUUGUAUUUUGUAGUGCAAAACAAUACAUUUGUUGUGAACGUUUCCUGAGCACUUCUACAAUGCCGACCAGUGCCGUUUAUCAACCUACAACAGUGACUUACGAGCAACAACCAAAUGAUCAGCGAUGGAAUUGCCCCAUCAGCUACUUUUCACGGCGUGUGACAAGUAGCCUGAAUAGGGGUGUUUGUGUGCGACUUGGAUUAUGUCUUUUGGGAAGCACACUGUUUAUCAUUGGUUUGGCUCUAUUGAUUGCGGGCGGCGUUCAAAUGUCGAAUGCUACUCCAUCACCGCAGGGCUCCGAUGACGGACUGGGCGCUCUCGUCGCCGGCGGAGUUAUACUGUUCUUGGGACUAUUGUUUGCAGGUGUCGGUGGCUGGGCCUGGUCGGCUAGAUGGGGUGGCGGCAAGGAGGCUCCAGCCAGUGGCGCGGCAGCACUCACCGCGCUCAACCCUUCAACAGACCCACUAGUGGCAGCACAGUACGCGCCCGUGCGUGAUGCCCCACCUGCGCCCGACGAUGAGAUGCGCAAUCUCAUGGACAACAAGGAAUGCUUAAGCAGCGCAGAAGAAAGCGAUAAGAUGUUGGAUGGCCGGCCUUCAGUGGCGUAAGAUACUGAUAAAAAAAACCUCAGGCAAGCCCUGGUUAUAUUUCUGUCCCCCUAUUCGUCAACGUGUUCGAAAGAUAAACCCUGUUACAUAAAAUAUUCAUAAGCAUAGAAAAUAUUUUCGUGGUAACCCAUUUUGAUGCUGUUUUUGAACGCAUCCUAACUUUACAAUUUAUAUGGCUACCCUGUAGGGGGCGCUAUUACUAUUAAGCGUUUCAAUUUCUGCAUGUAUCCUGUCUCAAUGGAACAUUUCAAGGUACAAAAGUAAUACGAGAAAUAUGGCAAUGUUCGAAAACUUGUGGUUUUAUUGCGUGAUAAAAUAUUUUAUGAAUGUACCUUGAUACAAUCGACUUUUAAAUCGAAAACAUUCGAAUCGAAUUAUUUUCUGUCAUACUUUGACCGUGUUCUAAAUUACACUCUCAAUAACUAUUUCAUUUCUAUUUUACUCGUAUGUCUCAAAUAAUGUCUACAUCCCUAAGGCAUUUUAUUCUAUUAAUCCGUAUUUUAAGGUUAAAAUAAGUUUCAUUAAUAUAUGUACAUGUGAUUUAGUAAAGACAUGUGGCCAAAUUAUCGUCCAUAUUUUUAGGAUUUUAAUUCCCAUAUUCGUGUAUCUCUCGUUUCUUUUUAUUUCGAGUAAAGCAAUUUAUUAAACUGCGUUGUGUUGGAAAGUUACUAUAAAUAUGUAACUUUUUAAAACACUGCUUUUGCUGUAUUUUUCAGUAGUAAUCGCCUCAAGAUACAUAAAUCAGUUUAAUCAAAAAUUUUGUAUCUAUUUUGUCUUUUAAAUCGCUUACUGGUGUUUGUAAGUUUUUAAGGAUAUUAAAAUAAUAGGCGAAUGUAAAGCAAUAAAUGUAGAUCACCUAAAAAUAUUGAGUCGUCAAAUAGCAUAAGUGGCUGCGUAUAACGCAAAUAAAAUACGGGGCAAUAGGAUUUGCCCCAGAUUAUUUUGCUAUUUUUUUUGCGUGUACCGGUCGUUAGCUUUUUUAUACUGAGACUAUAUUCGGCUCAAGAAUGUUUGUGUUGAUUUCUUUGAUUACACAUUAGGUUUAGAAAAAUUAAAUUUUGCUUUAAAAAAAAUUGUUUGCUUUUUGCAAAACUUUUACUUUAAGUGGUAUUUUUAGUCGUGUCGUCUUAUAUGUUUCUUGAUUUAUGUUUUAUGUACAAUAUUUUAUGUUGACACCGUCCUUUUUAGAUUUAAGUCGUCCAGAUUUGUGAGCUAAGCCCUUCAUAAUAGGGUGAUGUCCAAGUAGUUGGAUUCCAUGGCAUUUAAUUUUAUAGAAAUAAUAGGAUUUUGGAUUGAUAUUAUUUUAUUUUAAAGCUCUCUUUAAUAUUUGCAAAACGAAUUAUUUAAAGCUAAACAAACAAUGUAAUCAAUCAUAACAAUCGUAUUAAAAUUAUAAAUCGUACAAUUUGAAUGGAAAUUUAUUGUAUGUAAAUAAUUUGAUUCUAGAUAAGAGAAACAUAGUUAUAAGCUGCAGUUAUACAAUUUUAAGUAAAAUGCUGAAACUUUAUUUCUUAUUCGAUUCAUUUUUAUAAGAUUUUUUUUAUGUUCCUUUUAUUUAGAAUAACCAUAUUUUACAAUGUUGUAAGCGUGAAUCAAUAUAAUGUGCGCGUUAUUUUUUCAUUUACAAAUAAUUAUAUUUAUAAUUUAUUUUUAGUACUUGAAGUACAUUUUUUAUUUAUAUGUACUUAAUAUAAUCUUCUGUAUCUGUCUGUAUCUCUAAUAAAAUUCUGUAAGGAGUAUAUGUGUAA